UGUGAGGCUUGGACAAACUUGUCGUCGUGUCCAGUUUGGCUAUUUGCAAGCUGUCCUGAAUAAGACGUUGCCACAUAACUCAACUUACAAAAGCUCACUUACAAAAAAAGACUUAUAUACAUAUCUCAACACUAGCAAAGUAGCCUUACCUCAUUAUACUCGUUAUAGACCUUUAUAUGUCACUACUCUCACCUGACAUCACACAAUGGGGCACUCAUAUACACAUAUCAUGAAGAGGCUUGCUAUCGCAACCUUGGUUACCUCAUCCGCUCUCUCCUUCACACAUGCAUCAUCUCCCCCAUCCGAAUCCCCCCCCGCAGAAACAGAACUCAUAUGCCACACCGGCAACCCCGCUGAAUGCUAUCCAAAAGUCUUCUCCGCCACAGAGGACUUCCAACCCGUCCACGACGACCAGGAUCUUCCGCCCGGCCUACACGUCCAGCUCGACAUCCAGACCGGCCAGAAACAAGCCAAGCUGUAUAACCCCGCGGAAGAAAACCCUGCUCUGGAAGGCUUACCAGUAGACCGGUCCGUCCUCAUCGUCGACCCCGAAACACCCCAGGACGACCAGCCUCAAAUCCCCCCCGGCGCCCCGGCCUACGAGCCCGUAGGCUUAGUCAAGGCGCCCAAGGAGAAAAAUGAGGGCUUCGCCUUAGCCCUCGAAACGGUGAAGAAGUCCUCAGCGGCCAACAGCAACGCCGUGGCCCCAGACGAUCUCGACAAAGCCCUAGAGGACCUAGAAGACCUAUCCCACGGCAUGUACUACGGCCUGCAGAUCGCCUCGGACGCCGACGCCCUGCACUCGCUAUUCUGCCUACUCACCGCGCGCGACGCCGCGCAGGCCCAGCGGCCCCUAUCCCAGCGCACCGAUUUCCUCGCCUCCGCCAUCCUCGCGUCUUCCCUCCGGAACAACCAGCCCGCGCUGCGCGCCGUGGAGCAGUCCUGGGACUUCCUCCUCGAGAAGCAAUGUCUAUCCAGCGCCUCCCCCGACUCUCUGCAAGCACACCUGUUCUCCGCCCUGCAGCCUACGGCAACGGCCGGCUCGGCCGAGGAGCCCGCCGAAGCAUACGCCGCGCGCCUGAGUCUCGCCGUGCUGGACGGCCUGCUGAAAAGCCCGCCCAUCGCCGCACAGUUCCUCGCGCACGGCGGCAUGCGGCACUUCCUGCAGAUCCUGCAGCGGACCAACCCCGUCUGGGACGCGCGCAAGGCCAAGGUCGCGCGCAUCGUGUCUGAUGUCUUCCUCGACGAGGAAGUCGGCGCCGUGCUAAGCGUGUGGCCGACGAGCGCAAGCGUAGCCGAAGCCGGCGUGUGCGGAGCCGGGGGGCCGGAUUCUUUGGAAGAAGGGUGUUGGGAGCACCACUUGGAGGUUAUUAGCCAAGGUUCGGAAGCCCCGGGUUGGAGCCAGCCGCUCCUCGACUUGCUGAGGCGGAGACGGGCGGAGAAGCCGGCGGCGCAGCGGCAUGGGCGGGAUGAAUUGUAAAAAUAAAUGAUAGAUUAUCUAAGAGAAAACUUACUGUUUCAAUAUAUGGUAACAACAAGCAUACCUAGGUAAUGAGGAGGCGUUUAGGAGAACUGCAUUCUUGUAUUUUAUUUGUUUUACUUUACUUUACUUCAGUUUACCCCCUGACGAAUACCCUGGCCGC